UCUUAACAUAAAAAAUUUGUCAUAAGCAACUUACAAUUAGUUGAAACAAUUUAUUAUUUUAUUAUUGUUCUUACACUAAUGAUCACUAACAUUUGUAAAAGAACAAUGAAUUUAAUUUAUUGUUACACCAAUAUCAUUUUUAUGAUGAUCGUUUAUUCAGAAUCAUUUGAAGACUAUCGUUGUAUUGAAGAACUCAAGAUGAUACCAGAUAUUGUAUAUACGAAAUACAACUUGCAGGUUAUACAAAAUCCAAAUAAAAAAUUCAAUCAGAAGAUAUUAGAACCAGAAUACUUUUAUUUGUCAUUGUAUAAUCCUUAUUAUAUUUGUUAUUUUAAUCCUGAAUUCGGACUUCAUGAUAAUCUAAAAAAAAAUUAUGAAUAUACCAUCAAUAAUGAAAAAUUAUCAUUAAUUGCUGUGGAUAAAGAUCAAACCUAUACUGGCGUUUUUCCUAAAUAUUGGCAUAAAAGACCAGAAUUCUUUGAAUUGAAUCAAACCAUAGCAAACAUUUUCACUAUGUACAAAUUAAUAUAUACAUUUUAUGAUUCAGAUAUUAAUUUCGAUGGAAAUCUGAUGAAAAAUAAAAUAGAAAACAGUGUAAAUGUGGCUAUAAACACAGAUGUAUUACUGGAUAUAAAAGAUAUAAUGAUGGAUAAAAUUGAAGACCCCAAUCCCAUUGAUACAGUUGAUCCGAAGUUUUACCAACUGAAUGAAAACGAAUCUAAGUUGAUUAUAACACGUAAGUUCGAUAAAAUAACUAAUUAUUAUAUAAAAAAAAUAUGCUUAAAUAAAGAACAUAACAACAACUAA